AUGGGAAACGGGGCCAGACGUGAGAUAGGUGAUGAGCUACUCACAGGGGAAGUAUCCUCAUGUUUACGUCGUGCUGGGGCCGCGUGUGUCGUAAAGGCACUGUCGUUGUUCCUUUCUCCGCGGAGCGGCUGCGAGCAGGUCCACUGUGUUCGGGGGCGACGCUUGAUCUGCCGUUCCAACGCGAACACCUCCGAUACACUCCAAGCUUCGGUGCCGCUGCACUGGUCCGCCCGCCACCCCGGCACCACUUACCUGAUUUAUAUUCGCCGUGGCGCGCGGCUCGGCAUACCGAUCAUUGUUCACGGCGACAUUUGG